AUGAAAGCUUUCCUAAAGAGUUCAGAUGGUAUUUAUGUUCUGAGGCCAAAGAUAACUACUUUAGGAAGGCAUGAAGAUUCAGACAUUAUCCUUAAGUCUCCACACGUUGACGAUCACCAUGCAGCCAUCGAGUUCACGGAGUCAGAAAAUAUCUUCAUCGUUCGAGAUUUCAACUCAGCCCAUGGGACAUUUGUCAACGAUUGCCAUAUCCAGAACGCAGCAGUAAAAAUUAGGCCCGGAGAUGUUUUGCGGUUUGGCUCCAACGGAAUAGGCUUUGAGCUUAUGGUAGAAAGUGCUUCUCAGGAAAAGGUGUCAUGUCCACCGGUGACGCGCCGUGCCGCCUGGCCUGGGCUGCUCCAGAUCGUCACAGAGGCAAAAAGCCCUCCGGCAGCGGCGUCUCAGUUUCCCUUCCUUCAGUCUCAUCCGCCGCCUCACGCCAGCAGUAGCUGGACCUACGGAUCGAGUGGGACUUCGCCGCAUCCGCCUCUUGGGAAGAGACCCAUUAACGCUUGGGGCAGAGUGGUCGCGUCCCCGUCUUUCUCUCCCAGUGCUUUCAGCAGGCCUCCCACAGAUACAUUAGGAAACGGAGCUGCUACUGGUUCUUUACCGAGUACCCAUUACACUGACUCAUCUCCCAAGGAGAAGGAUGAGCUGUCGAAAAUGGAAAGCGAAACUAGUCGCCUCUCCAGCAACGAAGGGGAGUCCAGUCGCAAGGAUACGGUGAUUGCAAAUCUUCAGGACCAGCUUGCAGUGAUGACGGAGAAAAUGGUGGAGGCUCUUGCCAGGAAAGAUGCUAUGUUUAAUCAGAAGCUCCGGACUCUUGGCCAAGACAUUGAAGCAAAGACCGAAGAAAUUAAAGCUUUGAAAGAACAGGUUUCCCACCUGCAGCAAAACACGAGUGAAGUCCUGUGCCGUUCCCUUUCAGAAAGAGACCUUCAGAUUGUGCACUGGAAGCAAGAGAUUGAGAAUCUGAAGAAAAGCAAUUCUCUGACUUCAGGGCUGGUGACCAGUUUGCAAAAGGACAUUACAUCGAAGGAGCAGAAGAUACAGCAGCUGAAAAUGGAUGCCGAGAAAUUAAGGCGAGAGAACAGGGAAAAGGACAACCAGCUGGCGCAUGUCUCCGCCCAGUGUUCUAGAAUUAAAGAUGAAAUGAAGCGUCAAUUCAGAGAGAGAGAAGUAAAUGCCUAUCAGAAUCGGGUCGCCGAGCUUGAGCUGCAAGUAAAGAAAGCGGAAAAAGAAAUACAGAAAUGCCGCGCCAAGCAGGAAACCUUAACCAAAAGCCUGGCAGAAAAAACAAAGGCCGAAGAGGAGCUGCAAAGGGAGUGCGAGAGGCGGUCGCAGCAGUUGCAAGAAAUGGGGCGUAGGGAAUGCCUUGCAAAGUUGGACCUGGAGGCGGCCGUGGCUCAGGCCCAGCUUUUCAGACGCCAUAUUAUUGAAACCCUUUUUUCGCAACUUCCAGAGAAGUCAGUAACAGAUCAACAGAUCAUCGAGAGGAUCACUGAAAUUAAGGGGAGCCACAAGGAGUUUUUCCAGAUGGAGAAGCUGCUGAGAGAGGAAAUCUGUCUCAAGACGUCCAAAGAGAGAGCGAUAACUGAGCAAUUUGAGCUGCUGAAAGAAUCGUUGGAUGGACUUCAGGCUUUUUUGAAAACCUCCUACUGCAGCAGCAGUUUGAGAAAGGAGGUCUGCAAUCUUCAAAACCUGAGCCUCGCCCCGCCGGUCUCGUGGGUCCAGAGUUCGGCGGCUGAAGUCUUGUGUAGCUUGCUGAGCUGGGUGGACGCCGUGGAACGUCUCCUGUUGGACGUGGGACUCAACAUCUCUGAUUCCGAGAAAGGAAUGGCCUCCUACAUGAAGAAGCUGUUGGACAACCACUUGAACACCACAGGCAAGCUCCAGACAUUACAGACCCAGCUCAGGUUGGCAGAAGAGUCCCAGCAUUCUCUGCUGAGGAAGAAGAUGAACGAAACGAGAGCAACGCUCGAGAAGGAGUUUCAGGACAGAGAGCAAAUGUUUCUGGACAGAGUGAAGAUUCUGGAGGAGACGGCUGCACUGGAGAAAGAAAAAUUGAACAAAAUUAUAGAGAAGGAAAAGAAGAAAGUCCAAGAUUUGGAAACGCAGAUGGAACGGCUGGCUGAGGUCACAAAACAGAAAACUGAAUUGGAGGAGGCUUUAAAUGUGAAGCUAAGAGACACUCUGGAAAGCCUAGAAGAGACGAAGAGGAGAAAGCUGGUGGCAGAAGAAAAGUUGACCAUCUGGGAAAAACGUCUGAAAAGCAUUGAGAACGAAAAAGAAAUACAGAAACAAAAGCAUCAGGAGGAAUUUGCAGAAUAUAAAGAGCAGAUCAAGCAACACUCGCGGACGAUAGUAGCUAUGGAGGCAAGGCUGUCAGAGGCUGCCCAGUACCUGAAGAAGGUGAAGGAGGAAAACCUCACACUUCGGCAGCAAAUAGAAGAAAUGCAGAGGGAAUCUAGCAAGUCUAAGCCAUCGGUUUCACAAGAGGUUUCUAUGCCGUCCGUUUCACGAGAGGUUUCUAUGCCGCCCGUUUCACAAGAGGUUUCUAUGCCGCCCGUUUCACAAGAGGUUUCUAUGCCGCCCGUUUCACAAGAGGUUUCUAUGCCAUCCCGAACACAGGAGGUCUUUUGCAGCAAAGGGGACUAUUUUUUUAUGAUGGAAAAAUUAGUAUCUGCAAGGCACGAAAUCCUAUCUCAACACGCUGUAAUCUUGGAAUUAAAGAAGGAGCUCUCGGAAGCCAAAGCCAGGAUGUCCGACGUGAUUGGAGAACUGAGUGAAAAGCAAAAGCUGGAACUGGAGCAGAAGCGUAGCCUCGUCCUCAGCCAAACACAAGAACUUAACCAGCUCCGAGAGAAACUGUACAAGAUGUCCAGGCUGGUGGACCGGAAGGAUGCAGACCUUAAAACCGCAAAUGAAGAAUUAAGGAACUCUAGAGAAAAACUGAGAGAGCUGAAGACGGAAGUGCAAAGGAAGGCGAGCCUGCUCGAGAAAAGCUUCCAGAACAAGAGCAGUCAGACGAACGUCGCCCGGCUGGAGGAAGGCCCUUCUACGAGAAAGGUGUUGGCCUUGAACCUGGCUGACCUGGGAGCGAAAUGCAAAGGCUCCAGACACGAGGAGACCAUCUUGCGGCAAAAAGACGCCCUGACUGAGCUGCGGGAAAGAAUCAAGGUUCUCGAGAGGACUCAGACUUUGGGAUUUAAAGAGAAAGCUCCGGAGCCGCUUGUCAUACUAAAAAAAGACCUAACCGAGAAAAGGGAUCAGAAAACAGAGAAAGAACAUGAGCUGUCACUAGUGACAGGUGUGGAUGCUAAUAAGCUUCAGAACAGCGUUUGCAGCCCGGAUCCCAAUUUGGCAAUCGAAAGGACCGCAAAGCUGGAAAUGGCGGAUGCUUUAGAGCUCAGUGAAAACAUGUACUUCACCCUGAUUCAAGACCUGGCCGGCCUGAUGGAUGUGAAGGAGCUGCGGGGCAUGCAGACGGUCAAGCACCUUCCCCACGACGAGCGGGAGAAGGUUGGGCUGCAGAGGCGGAAGGACCUGGAGGCGCUCUUCGACAAGGUCAGCAAGCUGAAGCACCGCCUGGAAAGGAAGGAGGAGCUGCUGAAAGAGUAUGAGAAAGACUCCGGGCAGUUCAGGAUGAAUGCCCUGUCUCUGCAAGCAUGUCAGGCUGAGAUGUCCAAGCUAGCCGACAGGAUCUACCGAGAAACCGAAGAGAACGCUUUGCUUAAAGAAGCUCUAGAGAGGACCAAACUACAGCUGAGCGAGGAGAAGAGGCUGAACAGGGUCCUUAAGCAGCAUAAGGCAGCUGUCAAAAAGAAAAUGUUCCCUGAAAAUCAGAAGAUGCCCGAGAGGCCAGCAGAAGCCUAUAAGAAAAGAGCACACUACAGUGCCUCUGCGUAGACAUCCCUCUUGCC